UCUUUAGGCCCAGAGGAGGAAGAGUCUUGGGAAUCUGCUUUUACACAUGUAAACGCAAACUGAGAAACUGGAUCACAACCAGCUCCUCUGAAAAUUGAAGAGACCAAGCAGCAGGAGACCAGGAAGCCAACAUACCAACAACCUAUUCAGGUAAGACGGGCUACAGAGUCCUACCAGAGUCCUGCCAGAGUCCUACCAGAGUCCUGCCAGAGUCCUACCAGAGUCCUGCCAGAGUCCUGUCAGAGUCCUACCAGAGUCCUACCAGAGCCCUGCCAGAGUCCUGCCAGAGUCCUGCCAGAGUCCUGCCAGAGUCCUACCAGAGCCCUGCCAGAGUCCUGCCAGAGUCCUGCCAGAGUCCUGCCAGAGUCCUACCAGAGUCCUGCCAGAGUCCUGCCAGAGUCCUGCCAGAGCCCUGCCAGAGUCCUGCCAGAGUCCUGCCAGAGUCCUGCCAGAGUCCUACCAGAGCCCUGCCAGAGUCCUGCCAGAGCCCUGCCAGAGUCCUGCCAGAGACCUGUCAGAGCCCUGCCAGAGUCCUGCCAGAGACCUGUCAGAGUCCUACCAGAGUCCUGCCAGAGUCCUACCAGAGUCCUACCAGAGUCCUGUCUGAGUCCUACCAGAGUCCUGCCAGAGCCCUGCCAGAGUCCUGCCAGAGUCCUGCCAGAGUCCUACAAGAGUCCUGCCAGAGUCCUACCAGAGUCCUCACCUCAGUGUAAAGGAUCCCUGUUUCCAGAGAAAAGGAUUUUGUUAUUAAGAAAGUCCAGAGGACUGAAUCAACCCAGGUCUUCACGAGAAGAAGUCAACAAAGCAGCAACAACCUGGAGGAAGAACAGCAGGUGGUUCACACUGUCCCUCAUCACAAUUUCAGUAUGAGUAUGACUGGAACUCUAGAGAAGGGGGCCCACCACCAGGCCUUGGACCUGUCUGAGGAGCUGCCGCCCCAUCAUCACCAUAGCAACCACCAUCAGCAUCUCCUCCAUUCAAACUCCCUGGCCUCCACCGCUGCCAUCGGAGGCGGCAGAGAAACACCGUCCCGUGUGGUCAUACCUCCACCUUAUUCUGCUGCCGACAGUGGGGGAGGGGGCAGCGAGGCCCCUCUGGAGCUGCGGGGUUCUCUCGACUGCUGGGCCUGCUCGGUGCUGGUGACGGCUCAGAACCUGCUCAUAGCAGCGAUCAACGCCUGCCUGGCUGGACUGGUGUUCGGAACCAUCCUGACCCCGGCGAUUGUCAUGGUGGUGUUCGGCUUCCUCUGCCACUCUACAGUCCGCCCCCACGGGACCACUCCCUACUGCUCAGACCUGCUGACUGAUGGCGGCUGCGUGGCUCUGCUGGUCGUGGGCUUCCUCUUGGUCACCCCGCUCCUGGUGCUGGCACUGGCUGCGUACUGUCGCCUGGCCCGACACCUCCAGCUGGGCCUGUGCUUUAUCCCAUACAGCAGGGCCGUGUACAAGAACCUGCCAGCGACCCACCACCGGGGCCUGGGUACGGGCUGCUGCGGCGGCCAGGACGGAGCUGAUGGGAGAGGAAAGGUCUGGGUGUGAGAUGAAGACACGAGAACGAAGGACAGGCUGAGGGGAUUUAAAAAACAGAGGGAUAAAGGAUGAAAACAACAAAACGUGUACAAACAAGAGACACCAAAAAUAAACACAUGCGAGGAGAAGGACACGAGUGCCCUUCUGUCAAAAUGACACUAAAAAUGUAGGAAAUUUUUCAUCUCCUGCACUCAAUUCAAAUCAUUUGUUUUUUUUAAAACUAGGGCAGCAGAGGUUUUGGGUUGGUCCUCAUUCAGGGGUCAUAGUUGGGUCACACAAAUGCAUCCCAUCCAUAAAAAGGGGAAAUUAAUGAUGCCUCUGUUUGCUAAUGUUUUUUAAACAACCAAUGAAGAAGUAGAAGCUUCCACAGCAACACAGAAGCAGAAACUACUGCACCAGCUACACUCAGAACUCAGUAACAUGCAUGUAUUUUAUAUUUUAACCCUACUUUUAUUCUGUUUUUUAAAAUGAGACCAAAGGUACCAGCUGAAUCACAACCUCUGCUCAACACCAUAAAACUCCCCUUUAGAAACUUCAGCUUCAGACAUCAGAUAAAUAUUUCCACUGAUAUCUGAACACAGCUGUUCUACAUCUAAAACCAUUUCUGCUUUUCUAAUAGAAUAAAACAUUAUUGUAUUCCUUUGGCUUUUCUUUUAUAGCCUGAACACACCUGCUACACCUCCCUAUUACUCUCUGUAUUACACUGUAUUACUUUUUAGAGCUGAGAAUGAAGGUAAGAAAGUUUUUAAGCUUUCCAAGGGCUGAGAAAAAAUGUUUAAAGUCCUGCUCCAACAUGUACCACAAUUAAUUAUGUUGAACAUGUUCAAUAA